ACAAAAUCACUUUGAAUAGGAUAGAAUUUGAUAAUUUAAUCUAAAAAAGUAGGUUCAAAAUAUCUGAAGGUGAUAUAAAUGAAUAAUUUUAAAAAAUAGUCAUAUGAAAGAAUAUAAGAUAUUAGAAUCACCUAAAAAUAAAAGUAGAGUGCUCCUGUAAACAAUCAUGCAUUAAAGGAUAAGGUUUUGUAAGUGGAAAUAGAUCAUAAAUAUAUUUAAAUUUAAUUAGUCAUUUCUGGUCUAUAUGAAUUUCAGAGACCAAUAAUAGAGAUAAAAGAUAAGUAAGAGAAAAUUUACAAAAAAUUUGUGUCAUCAAAAAUCUUAAUAUAGCAAAAGAAACUUCUAUUAAAACAAGAAUAAAAUUAGCUGUCUAAUUUAAAUAUAAGGGGUUAAAUUUAACGAUAAUGGCAGAUUACAUUUCAGGUUAGGUUGAAUAAUCAGAGAAUUUAACAUAAAAUUGGUUAAAUGAUUCCUCAAAAAGAUUACUACUUAUUUUUUAAAUUCAGAUUAACUAAAACUCAUUUAGAUCAAGAUUUUUAUUUUUAUACUAAUUAUCAAAAAAUAAUUAGUAAUCAUUUUUAUCAAAAAAUAGUUAGUAAUCACAUCAAUAUAUAACUUAAAUAUAUUAAAAAAAAUCUUACAAAAAGAGAAUCAGAUUUAAGUGAAAUGAGAAAAUUUAUAAUUAAAGAAGAUAUCCCAUAAAUUUAAAUUUGUUGUAGAAAUAAAAAAAAUAGAUUACUUUAUAUUUGA